GACGUGAGACGGUAGCCAUUAUGCGCAGCAUGCAUCCGCUCCCCACUGCGCACUAUCUGCAAUUAGUGAAAAGGGUCGCCUUUCACAUCAUGGGUCUGCAUAUCUGUGCGCAACAUGUCAUGGCACAGAACUCAUCCAGAGAAUUCAGACAAGUUGGGGACACCAUAUUUUUGCAUCCUGCCAGGACAAGGGCAAACGUCAACGAUGUUCGUUGGAAAAAAUCAAAUGGAAAAACUUUUAAGUUACAUUGUGGGAGUGAAUGUGAGAUUUUUGAGAAUGGAUCCCUGCUAAUCAAAACAGCCAGUAAAAAUGACACAGGAAAUUAUACUGUGGAAUCGUUUAACUCUUCUGGCCGAAUGAUUUCAAGAACUGGCAUUGAGCUCAUCAUAAUAGAGGCCGUAUCGCGCCCAGCGGUACGCUCUUCCUGUACGUUGGACGGACGAGUCCUCCUGGCCUGUUCAGUAGACAGAGGGGACCGUGUCAGGCUGCAGUGGGCCGGUCUCACGAACCUAUCCAGCCUGUCCCCGCAGCCAGCGCAGACUGAGACCGAGAGAACCCUGUACCUGUUUGGCAGCACGCCUGGCCACGUGCUCUGCGUGGCAGAAAACCCCGUCAGCAAAAAGUCCAGCCGAUCCACUGUCAAAGGAUGCAGAGGCCGUAUUCCUGCUUGCAUCGCGUUUGGAUUGUUUCUCAGUAUUCCAGUCUGUUCCGUGGUCUUGCUGAAGUUUCACAGGAAACCAGCCAAGGACAGUGAAGACAUGGGGGAGAACAUCUACGUUACCAUGCAGGGGUUCCAAGACAGGAGACUUGAAAAACAGGAAAAGGAGUUCCUGGACAACUCAAUUUAUGUUACCUGCGAAUCUCUACGAGCCAUCCGUGCAGAGACAUGAGCGAAGCCACGCAGAAAAGAGAGACGCCCAGAGACGUUCAGACUCAAGUUACUGAGUGUAAGAACGGCAACGAGAAGGUUCGGAUGAGCUGUAUGCAUGCUGUAAAUCUACACCAAUACUGCGAAACUGUACUUUCUCGCAAGAGAUGCUAUUCUGCAGUUGUGACAAUAUUAAAAAAGUUAUACGUCAA